UGAAUGUUGCUAAUAGCUUGUGAUUUUCAAGCUUCAUUGAAGCUAGCACUAGCAACCAAGGAAAGCUUUUCCCUGCAAAGAUUGUUGUGUUGAGAUGGGUUCAGUUGAAAGCAUUAAACCCCACGCUGUAUGCGUUCCAUAUCCUGCACAAGGCCAUGUUACCCCCAUGAUGCAACUGGCUAAGCUCUUACAUUCAAUGGGCUUCUUCAUAACCUUUGUUAACACUGAGUUCAACCAUAGGCGCUACAUCAGGUCCAAAGGGUCAGACUUCGUCAAGGGUCUGCCUGAUUUCCAGUUCGAAACCAUCCCGGACGGGCUGCCGCUGUCCGAUCGUGAUGCAACACAGAACAUUCCAGCUCUAUGUGAUUCGACACGAAAGAAUUGCUUGGAACCAUUUUUAGAGCUACUAACUAAGUUAAACUCCUCGCCCCAAGUGCCCACUGUUACUUGCAUAGUUUCGGAUGGAGUUAUGAGCUUUGCUAUUAAAGCUGCUGAGGUACUUGGUAUACCAGAAAUUCAGUUUUGGACUGCCUCAGCUUGUAGUUUCAUGGGAUAUCUUCAAUUCAGUGAACUACUUAAACGAGGCAUUUUUCCAUUCCCAAAUGAAACUUUUCUCACCGAUGGAACUCUUGAUAAACCUAUCGAUUGGGUUCCUGGAAUGAGUAACAUUCGCUUCAGAGAUCUCCCUAGCUUUUUUAGAGCCAACAAUCCAAAUGAUAUCAUGUUUGAUUUCUUGGGAUCCGAAGCACAGAAUUGCCUAAAAGCUCCAGCAAUCAUCUUCAACACAUUUGAUGAGUUGGAACAUGAAGUGUUGGAAGCAAUCGCUGUCAAAUUCCCUCGAAUUUAUACAAUAGGACCACUUCGUUUGCUUGCCAGGCACAUGCUUGAAGAACCAUCCAAGUCAAUGAACUCAAGCCUCUGGAAAGAAGAUACAUACUGCAUUGAAUGGCUUAACAAAAGGGAACUCAAUUCAGUUGUGUACGUGAACUAUGGAAGCAUUACUGUCAUGUCGGAGAAGCAUCUCAAGGAAUUUGCAUGGGGGCUGGCUAACUCUAAGCACCCGUUUUUAUGGAUCGUUAGACCAGAUAUCGUGAUGGGUGAUUCUGCAAUUCUGGAAGAUGAGUUCCUGGAGGAGAUUAAGGAUAGAGGGCUGAUAACAAGCUGGUGCAACCAAUAUGAGGUACUCUCACAUCCUUCAGUUGGAGUUUUCUUGACACACUGUGGGUGGAACUCCACCCUGGAAGCCAUAUCAGGAGGUUUGCCAGUAAUUUGUUGGCCAUUUUUUGCUGAUCAACAAACCAAUUGUCGGUAUGCUUGCACUCAUUGGGGCAUAGGCAUGGAAGUGGAUUAUGAUGUGAAGCGAGAGAACAUUGAGUUUUUAGUUAAGGAAAUGAUGGAAAGACAUGAAGGAAAGAAAAUGAAAGAGAAGGCUUUGGAAUGGAAGAAGAAAGCCGAAGAAGCCACUGAUGUUGGGGGAUUAUCAUACUGUAAUUUUGAUAGAUUUGUUAAGGAAGCUCUCAAGCAUGGUUAAUUGGAAAUAGGGAAGUGAGGGAUUACUUAAAUAAUGAAUGGGAAUCCAUUCAAUGUCUCUACUUCUGCAUUUCACAUCCAUUUUUUUCCUUUAUAAUUUGUCUUCUUAGAACGAGUUUAAAGAAUUUCUAUUUGACUUCUAAGCAUAUUUUAGUAUGAUAUGUUCAAUAAAUUUAUAUAUUUGAUUCCAGCUUCAA